GGGUGGGGGGCGGGGCCCGGGGGCCGAGGCGAUGGGGCCGCGGGCGCUCCUCAGCCCCGGGGUCCUGGUACGAACCGGCCAUACGGUGCUGACAUGGGGGAUCACGCUGGUGCUUUUCCUGCACGAGACAGAGCUGAAGCAGCAGGAAGCCCGAGGGGAACUGCUGCAGCCCUUGCUCUUCAUCCUGCUGGUGCUCUGCUCGCUGCUGCUCUACCUGGCCGUUUCUCUCAUGGACCCUGGCUACGUGGGGCCUGAUCUGGAGCCCCCAUUGAACCAGCUUCAGAAAGAACCUAAGGAGGAGCAGACAGCGAUGAUCCCCCCGAGGACGCUCCGGCUCCGGCGCUGUGGCUACUGUUUGCUACAGCAGCCCCUUCGUUCCAAACACUGCCGCUCCUGCAAACGCUGUGUCCGUCGUUUUGACCACCAUUGCCCUUGGAUUGAAAACUGUGUGGGGGAGCGCAACCACCCCCUCUUCUUGGCCUACUUGGCAGUUCAGCUGGUGGUGCUCCUGUGGGGCUUGCACCUGGCCUGGUCUGGCCUCCAUUUCCAAGAGCCCUGGCAGAACUGGUUGCAGCACAACGGUCUCCUUUUUGCUACUUUUUUGCUGCUGGGCAUCUUUUCAACUGUGGUGACACUGCUUCUGGCCUCUCAUCUCUACCUGGUGGCCAGUGAUAUGACCACGUGGGAGUUUAUCUCCCCACAUCGAAUCGCCUACCUCCGCCACCGAUCCGACAGCCCCUUUGACCGUGGCCUUGCUCGAAACCUGGCUCGAUUCUUCUGUGGCUAUGGGGCAGUGCCCUGGGAGGUACUCUAUGCCCAAGAGGAAGAGGGUGAGGCUGUGUAGGGCCUCUAGGAGAAGGGGAUAGUAGCAUGCAAGCUCUAGUGGCUAGCAUUCAGAUCAACAUGUGCCUGUCAAGGUUCCACUUAGAUUUUAUUCCAUCUUGUCAUUUCUAUCCCCAUAAGGUUCUAGAAAAGAAGGUCAACUCUUUGCUACCCUUGACCCAUUUGUGCCUAAAUCCUGGAUUCUUUCCCAUUCUCCAUUCCUGUGGCAGGUUGCUGGCCCCCUGGGAAACCACUGCAGAACAAUGCCCAGAAGUUUCAUCCCAGAGGCAUAUUCAGUUGGGUCAGGACUAGGGACUUAGACAGUAGGGCUUUUUAGGGCCAACUGGAAACGGUCACAGAGGUAGUGUCAAGGAGGCCUCGGCUGGCUCAAGGCCCAAGGAAGGAGGAAAGAGGAACUGAGGCUCAAGUAUGCACCCCCACACUUACCCAGUCUAUUUACAUGGGAACUCUUGUUUAGCGUAAAGACCUUUGAAUUUUAGUUCCCAGUGUAGCCUCAGAACUUUUAUAUUUUUCCUUCCUUCCCCUCAGUAUCCCUGGCCUUCCCAAUUCAAACCAAUUCCCCUAGGGUUCUGCAGUUUACAAAUUUAAUAAUCCAAAAAGCAGGUAGCUUGUUUGAGGGGGAAAAAAAAAAACACCAGUGCACCCUGCUUCCCACUGUGACCCUUCAGGGGGUGUGUGCUUUGUACAGAUAUGUUCAAUAAAUCCUGGCUGCUGACCAGCCUUGGCUCCA